AUGAGUGCCCUCUCGGUCAUCUCUACCAACAAGUUCGUUGGACUCUCCGACGGCAACAUCCUCCAUUGGUGCCCUACUCUCAAUCUACUCACCAUCACCAUGAACAAGACGUCACUCUGGGUGUAUCGGCUCGAUGGAGAACGGAUCUACUCAGUCAACAACAAGUCAGCCAUCACUGCCAUCAGCACGAUAAGUGAUGGGUCGUACUUCUGUUUGGCAGGUGUCGAUGGCCUCAUUAAAAUCUACGAUUCAAACAACGGCAAUUUGAUCAAGGUGAUCGAAAAGACAUUCGAUAAAGUGAAUUUGAUCCUGUGGAACUAUCAUGAUACACGCCAUACACAGGCGAACCGGUUUAGCAACUUAUUCAAAGUGGACGUGCUACGAAGGCUUCCAAAAAUGACCAAUGACUCCUCCUCGCAAGACAUUCACGAAUUGAACAACGAGAGCACCUUGAAUUACUUGGUGAUAGUAGACGCCAAUUCCCUCUCAAUGAACGUCAACAAUCUCCUCACCAUCAGCAAUAUCGAAUUUCCUGAAGCAAACUCUGAGGUCAUAUGUUACUUGGAUAACUGUGAUAUGUUCAGCCAGUUUUACCUCAUCAGAGAAUCCACCGGCUUGAAACUAGUGCAGUUGACUGACAACCUCAAGGUUCCAUCAAACAAAGAGCAUUUGGUAGACGUCAUUCUUAAAAUCUGUAAGGUGGUAGCAAUAAUGAAUUAUGUCAACGAAAACUUGAAAAUACUACAAACGGAAAUUAAACCAUUUUUCACAAUUUAUGACAGGUACUUGUCCAAUAUGACUGAGUCAUUAGGCGCCUCAGAAAACAUCGAGCCUUCAUUAAGAAUAUCUAAGUGCCUUUACGACAUUUUAUUGACUGAUCUCAUACCUGAGAAUCUAAAGGAUUUUUGGCUCAACCAAUUUGGUGAGAGAGGGUUCAAGCGCUUAAACAAGUUAGGUAAUUCAGUGUACGACCUCACAAGAAAUGUCACUUUCACAACAUUGAUUGCAUCCAUAGAGAGGUUACUCGUCAUUAUGAAUCAAUUGCGAGGUUUAUCGCAGUGGUUCAAAGAUUCUGAUAACGAAUUAAGCCCGGGAUUGAAUAUCAAUGUGAUCAAUGAUCUCAUCAGUCAAGCGAAGUCUUUAUUGAAGUUAUUUUACAAGGCAAUUUGGGAUUCUAAUGAGGAACAAAAGGCAUUCAAUCACUUUAUGACUUGGAUAAAGCGAGAAAUAAUAGACAAGAUAUCAAAGGAAGAUGAUAUGACUUCAUUUUUGAAUCAACCUCAGCAAGUCAACUUUGACCAUGGCGAGAUUAUCAACUACAUUAAUGAUUCGUUGUUCAAAAGUAAAUUAUUGGAUUAUUUUCACCUAGACCUAGCUUCGAAUGAUAUCUUGAACCUGCCUGAAGCGUGUAAAAACGACUUGUCGCGUGCUUUUGAAUUAUUGAAUACCAAGAUGGACUCAGCUGUAAUACAAUCCUUCAAAGAUCUCAUCAAGAGCAGCUUGCUGUUUAAACAUUUGCAAUAUGAACUUGAACUUGGAGAGUCUACCGAUUUAACCCUCAAGAACAUUGAUGAUAGUUGUGCAGUAGUUUGCGGUUUGAACAAGCUGAAGGAAGAAAUGACUAUGAUCAAGUUCAAUACGUCUCAGAACAACUUUGACUGCCAGUCGAAGAAAAUUCGUUUCGAAGGAAAAAUAUCAUCUUUUGAGUUCAAAAACAAUCGGGAACUAGUCGUUCUUAUACACAGUUCUGCUUUUCAAGUGGUUGUGUUUGAUUUUAUCGCUCUCUUUGAGUCCGACGAGCAUGUAACUGAGUGCGAUUCCAUUCCCAAAAAGGGUCAACUUACCCAAGACCAGAUUCAAUUGAGUAACCCGAACACAUUAGCUAUCAGCAGGAAUGAUUCCAAAUCUUAUGGGUGCCUCCUAGAUGUGAAUAAACGAGACUAUGUGGUCUUCAGCUUAUAA